GUUUGACCACCACCAGGAUAAAGAAAACAUUCUUCCAAUAUUGUGAAGGAGUCUAAAAUCGUUUGUCUGUCAAAAUCCUUGAAUACUGUUACAAACUAUUUAUUUGAGCAUCGAGUGAUCUUUGCUUUUGUAUCUUGCAUGAAAAUUUUUUCAUAGGAUGAUAUGGAAGGGAAGUCUGUCGAGCUUGACGCUUCAUUAAACGGAACACCGCAAGAUUUCAGUUCAAGGCAGAGUACUCCCAAUGGAGAGAGAAUGCAAUCCAUAGAUUCUUUAUUUAAGAGUGAAGAGAUACCUGAAAAUGAAAAUAGAUCAGACAGUGCCGUGCUUGCGUUGCACCGGAAAUAUAAAAAACUUUUACUACUCUUGUGGUUAAAUACUAAAUUUCCGGAUGGUUUAGGCCAGAUUCUAACUGAUCAUGAAAUACAAACUGAUUAUCUUAAAGAAUGGCAUGAGUUCUUUGAAAGAAAUCCUUUACUCAGUAAAUCAAGCUUGGAUUCAUCCAUUCUCGAUUCAGUUCAACCUAUACAUGCGGAACAGGUUUUACCUCCAGCUUCCCCUACUGCUCCUUCUGAAUCGGUAACGGAGCCACCUGUUAAUGAAGGAUCACAAGAAUACGAAGACGAAGAAGUUGACGUAGCAGAAAAGCCCGAAAUUGAUCUACCUAGUUAUAUUUCUGAAAAGGAGACUAUCCAACCAACCUUGCCUGAGAAAGAUGCAAUACAACACGAGGAAGGAGUGGUAGAUCAAGAAACACAAGAAAACUUAAGGGAAACAGGAACUAUUGUGGAGGAAGAAAAUGCAAAUAGGCCUUCAACUUCUCCAACGAAAAGACCUCAGACGCCGGAUAGCGAAUAUGCUGCCCUGCAACUUACCAAAGAGCAGAAAAGCAAUGAGCGGCCGAAUUUAGUUUCUAAUGCUGAUGUUGGUUUAGAAACUAUCCAAAUACAACCUGAAACUUCAGUGACUGACAAAGUAGGAGAUACAGAGACCAUAGAACAAACAGUCGUUUGCAAGUCUCCCACUGAGCCUAGCCAUGAGAUAUCUCAAGAUACAACUGAAGCUUCUCGUGAAGAGGAGAGUGUUGGAGAAGUAACAAAGCAAGUUAUUGAAGAAACAGAUCCAAGUUCUAUUAUCGCGAACAACGAAAAGCCUGAAGCUGAAGCAGUUGAUCAGCGAGUACAACAAGUAGAUUCUUUGAUUCCUUCAAAUGAUGAAGCAGAACAAAGAAAUUCGCCGCCAAUUCCACUAUCUACUACGGAGAAACCAUUUGCCCAAGAAGCACCAAAAAGUGAGUCUCAGAAGAAGUCUGAAGGUGUUAAAAUGUUGCCUGAAGCUUUCACUUCCUCGAAACCUCUAUUUCAAUUAUCAAUCUCUCUUCCAUUUUCAUUACUUCCUCCCUCAGAACUCUCUGUUCAGAGGAAACCGGAAGAUACUUUAGAUGCUUGGCUACUUCGCACAGAAAUGAUACCCUUACAUGAUGAUCUUGAGAACGCUUACAAGUAUGUUUCUACUAAUAACUGGAUGCACGCUUAUAGAGAGAAAAUAGUUAGGGAGUCUAUCCGCAGUGUGUUCAAUGCCAAAGAAAAAGGAACUUGGUCGUUUCGCCAGCCGAAACGACAAAAAGAAAUGGUUUCAACGAAAACGCAUCAUGAUUAUAUACUUGAUGAAAUGCAGUGGAUGUCUAUUGACUUUUCUCAGGAAAGACGUUGGAAAAUUGUAUUGGCAAAACAAAUGGUUGAUUCAGUCAUGGACUAUCAUACAACAUCUGAUAAAAGUACCGUAUGUACCCCGUCUUCUUUAUCUAAAAACAAAAAGCCAUACUUAUAUAAUGGAAGCAGAAAGAACAGUAUGUCUUCAGUAUCAAAUUACCCUUCUCCUGAUUCCGCGAGUAUGAUGCAGGAUCAGUAUAAUGCUUUACAGUCGUCGUCUCCCCUUCGAGAUACAGACUUUUGUAGCACUAUUUUUUCGGACGAUGUCAUUGCUACUACCAAUGUUGAAGAAUCUCGCAACUCUAUUUUGAAUGUUCCAACCUACAAUCCACCUAACGCUACUGAAAAUCAGUUGCGCACCUCAGCAAUUACAUAUCCCAUAGAACCAAUUUCCAGAUUCGCUUUAGCUAAAACGAGACUUAAAUCUAGUUGUAUACACACUGAGCGGAAAAGAUUAUUCAGUGAACGCGAUACUGUUCCUCACCGAUCUGGAGAUCAAAGCAAGAACGAUGAGGCUUUUGAAGAUAUCGACCUCAAUUCUGAAUUUCGAGGGGGAAACACAAAUAAAAAACGAGCAUUCGCACCAUUCACUGUGCGCCCUCCGUAUCCUCCUUUGGCAACAGAAAACACUUCCGAGGUUAUUUGGUUGCCAGAAGAGGAUGAACUGCUUCUUUUACUACUAAGACAGUAUUCCUUCAAUUGGGAAUUUAUAGCGAGUCGACUAACUCCGUCUGGGUUAUACGUGUCUAAAACAGAAAGAAGAACUGCUUGGGAUUGCUUUGAGAGGUGGAUUCGAAUUGAUCCUCAAGCUGCGAAUGUUCAAUUUACAGGAUCUCACGCAAGAUUAGCACAACAAAAAUUAGAGGAAUCACUGCAGAGAUCACAUCAAUCAAUGCAAAAUAUACAUAUGCGUGACUCUACUACUCCUGUACCUCACCUAUUAAAUCAAAGUUCUUACUUUGUAUUACCGACCGUAUCUCGUCAAUACCGCCCUAUAGCUAUAUUUGAAGCUAUCAAAAAAAUACUUAAGCAACGAGAAUUUGCUCAAAAAACCGCUACUAAACGGCAGAAUGCUAAUGUCUCUACUUCCUCUGAGCGUUUACCUCCGGUACCUUCUCCGAUUGAACUUUCCAGAUUAAAAUUCGAGCGUGAAGCACAGAUUCAGCAAGUUCAAUCUCAAAGAAAUGCAAACCUAUAUAUGCAACAUCAAAAUCAGACCAAGAUGAGGCCAGGAGCCCCUAUAUCUGGAACACCUCAGCACCAAUUGGCAGCAUAUCAAGCAGCAGUUUCUCAGAAUUCUAGUGCUACAUCCUCAACAGGCACUUCUCCAGUCCCUUCAAGAGCUGUUCCUCGAUUGCCAAAUCGGUUGGAUUAUCCAAAUUCUCCAAGGUUGGCAGCGGAGCAGAUUCAGCCGUUUCAACAAAGAUAGACCUUUAUAUGACUUUGCUAUGAUAAACUGUAUAUUACUUUAACAAAAUGUAAUGGUUAAUUUUUUGAAUGAAUUGAAUGCAUUCAAGUUCUUUGCGUCUCGAAAGAGCAAUUGAUAGGUUUUUCUCUGGUGGUUAGUGCAUAGUAAUUUUAUUGAAAAAAUCAUUAUGUUAAAGAAAAUAAAAGUAUAUACGUUGGGAC